GUUCAUAGUAGUGAUGAUACAUUGUGAAGUCAUUUAACAUAAGAAAAUGUUGGCCUUAUAUUUCAUUCUACUCGUCUGCGUGCCCUUUGGUGUCAUCAUGACCCUUACGGCUCCGCGACUAGCCAUCACUGUCGCCGUUACUCAGCCGACCGUCUUAGUAAUACAAAACUCCAAUAACACCCGAGUAGCAGUUACUUCUCAGCCACUAGAUAAUGAUGAGUUGCUCCUUCCUCAAGCUUCUAAAGUCGACCCAAAGCCUUCACCUAAACUUCCCAAAAAACUAGCUUUCAUGUUCUUGACAACAACAUCUCUUCCAUUGGCACCACUUUGGGAGGUCUUUUUCAACCAAACAUCUGAUCAUCACAAGUCUCUUUACAAUGUCUAUGUCCAUGUAGACCCGACUCAAAAACACGAACCAGGUUUAUUUGGUACGUUUCAUGACCGGAUCAUAACAUCCUCAAAACCGGCUUAUAGGCAUACUCCAACACUCAUCUCAGCCGCACGUCGUUUACUAUCCCAUGCUCUUCUCGACGACCCGUCAAAUUACAUGUUUAUUCUUCUCUCCCCUUCUUGUAUUCCCCUUCACUCCUUUAACUUCACUUACAAGACACUAGUCUCCUCCACAAAGAGCUUCAUCGAGGUUCUUAAAGACGAACCAGGGUGGUACGACAGGUGGGCGGCGCGUGGACCUAACGCCAUGCUCCCUGAGGUACCACCAGAGAAGUUUCGAAUAGGCUCACAAUUCUGGACGUUGACACGUGCCCAUGCGAGGAUGGUGGUGAGUGACGUUGAGAUAUGGUCCAAGUUUAACAAGUCUUGCGUAAGAAAAGACACGUGUUACCCGGAGGAACAUUACUUCCCUACUCUCUUCCACAUGCGUGAUCCACAAGGUUGUGUAUCCGCAACGCUAACGCACGUUGAUUGGAGCGUCAACGAACAUGGUCAUCCUCGUACAUAUAAACCUUGGGAAGUUACGAAUGAGCUUAUACAAAAUCUGAGAAGUGAACGGCUUAGGUACGGAGAUGGCAGCAGAACGAGGAAGGAUCCGUUUCUGUUCGCCAGAAAAUUUUCUCCGGCCGGGAUAAGUCCGCUGAUGAACAUAGCUCGAAACGUCAUUUUUAACGAUAUUGGUUAAAUUUUAAGUUGAGACUGUAGGGACUUGAUAGUUAAAUUUAUGAUUUUUCAUAUGUUUAAAUGUAAAAUUUUUAUAAUAUGAAAAGAUUUUAGUAAAGGUUUUUGCUAUAA